GGCAUCACCGCGCUGCAGUGGCUCAUCUGCGUGCUGCUGGGGGUGGGGUCGGUGGUUGUGGGGGCUUUGCUGCUGCUGCUGCCUUACAGCCGUUUGCCGCAAACUGGAAAGCGAGAAGUUGAUUUGCUGCAGGAGAGCCGCAGCAUUGCCCUCGCCUCCCGAGGAAGGUAA